AUAGAGGAAGUGCUGCUCUCUAAUUCUGCUCAAUAAACUCGUCUUUAGAAUCUGUUGACACCACAGUUCCGCAGUGGACAUUUACAAAGCAAUACUAUGGUGUGACAAAAGCUGUCAGAAAGAAGAAAUAGACUCAUUUACUCUAUGUGGGAGCUUCUAUAGGACUGCAGAAGACACUGAGUGAGAGGAGCCUUCGACUAGUCACAAUGUCUAAUAGCAGCCGAGUGAACAGCCCUACGGAGGAGACCUCUCUCACCCCGGACCGGUCUCCAGGCCCUGAAGAACCCCAGGAUGAGUAUACGAGGCUGGGAGAGAAAACGGGAACAACUUUCAUUCAAACCCUGAUCCACUUGCUGAAAGGCAACAUUGGCACAGGACUGCUGGGACUUCCUCUGGCUGUGAAGAAUGCAGGGCUUGUGUUGGGACCUAUAAGUCUGCUCCUAAUGGGUGGCAUUGCAGUUCACUGCAUGGACAUUCUGGUGAAAUGUUCUCAUUAUCUCAGUGGCAGGAUGAGAAAGCCUUUCCUGGACUAUGGUAAUUGUAUGCAAUAUGGCUUGGAGGUGGGGCCAGUACCCUGGCUGCAAAGACAUGCAAUCUGGGGAAGGCGAGUGGUUAAUGCCUUUUUGAUGGUCACUCAGUUGGGCUUUUGCUGUGUGUAUUUUGUCUUUCUCUCUGACAACAUCAAACAGGUCAUAGAAUCGGCAAAUGGAACGACCGCAGACUGUCAUUUAAACCAGACGGUUGUGAUGACCAGCACCUUUGACUCCCGGCUGUACAUGCUGUGUUUUUUGCCGUUUAUUAUUCUGCUGGUGUUCAUCCGAAACUUGAAGUACCUGGCCCCUUUCUCAAUGCUUGCAAACCUCGCCAUGAUUAUCAGUCUAGGCAUGAUCUAUAACUACAUCGUAUGGAAUAUCCCAUUUCCUGUUGCGUUACCGUUAUUGGGCGAAUUAAAGAACUACCCUCUCUUCUUUGGCACGGCCAUAUUUGCAUUUGAAGGCAUCGGCGUGGUGCUCCCUCUUGAAAAUAAGAUGAAGACGCCUCGAUCGUUCCACAAGGUUCUGUACUUGGGCAUGGCGAUUGUAACCUGCCUGUAUAUCAGCUUGGGAACGCUGGGAUACCUCUGCUUUGGAGACGGCAUCGGAGCGAGCAUCACGUUAAACCUGCCAAACUGCUGGCUGUAUCAGGCAGUAAAAAUCCUCUACAGCUUUGGGAUUUUCAUCACCUAUGCCCUGCAGUUCUACGUGCCUGCUGAAAUCUUGAUCCCACGAGUAGUUGCCCGGUUGGAGGAACGAUGGGCGUGGGCAGCUGACCUUGCCGUCCGUGCAGCACUUGUCACCUUGACCUGUGUCCUAGCUAUCCUGGUUCCAGAGCUUGAUCUCGUCAUCUCUCUGGUGGGCUCCGUCAGCAGCAGUGCCCUGGCUCUCAUCUUCCCUCCCCUUUUGGAGAUCCUGACCUUCCACAGCGAGGGGCUGCCCUGGGGGGUCAUCUGCAAGAACUUCCUCAUCAGCAUCAUCGGCCUGGUGGGCUUCGUGGCCGGGACCUAUGUCUCCAUUGAGCAAAUCGUGCUGCGGAAUUCUGCCAGAGACGCACUCAAUGGAACUCAGCCCGGAGUGCACUAAUCCGGGCAGUGUCAGGUUUUCAAGCUCCCUCUGGAUUAGACCUGAUGGCUUAUCUUUUAAAAGGGUUGUCAUUGGAGAUUUAAAAUGCCAUGUCUAGAAAACAUCAUUCAUCAUUUUUUUUUUUUUAAAUGUUUAAGUUUGUUUGUUUUUUUUAUUUACUGACCUGAACGUUUUUUAUUGAAACAAUCUCCCUGUUUAGACUAAUCAGUGUCAUCUUCUGUAUAAAAAUCAGCGUUAAUAUAACUUCAAAAGGUUUUGACUUCAAAGUGCAAUAUAAUAUUAGGGUCUUUUGAAAUAAUAAUCAGUUGAGUUUUACUCUUAGAAACAAUCAAAUUGAAAAUGACACGUCAGGCCAGCAUCUUGUAAGAUAAACCAGACUGAUACUUCUGUGAAUAAGCUCUAGACCAGUGUUUCCCAACCCUGUUCCUGGCAGCACACUCUUUGCUGGUUUUCGUUCCAACGCAGCGCUCAAUUGCUUAAUUGGACUGUAUCAACAAAGAGCUUGAAAAUAAUGGGAAAAUGCCCAGUUAAUCGCUUUAUUAGUUGAAUGAAAGGUUCAAUUAAGCUGUGUUGGAAAGAAAACCAGCAGGCACAGUGUGCCUCCAGGAACAGAUUUGGGAAACACUGCUCUAGACAGCCAGAGGUGUGAUGUAUAUCCUACACGAAAGCUAAAUCAGACAGGCAGGAGGAAAGUGCCUGAAACUCUGAGGAUGCAAUUGUAAUCCUGCCUUUCUGUAGAUCAGGGGGUGCCAUGCUCAUCUCUUCACUGCAUGCCAAAUGUACUGCAGUGUUGUCGUUGUGGUGUGUUUUGAUCGCACACUAAAGUAAACCUCUGUGUAUUUGCAUUCCUUGUUGUUUUUUUUUUUUUUUAUAGUAAGAUGCUUUAGUUUUUUUUAUGUAAAUUGUGCUGUGUGUCUGUUUUUGUGUUUCUUCUGUAAAGAUGAACCAUCACUGUUCUUCAUGAUAAAGCAGGGGUGUCAAACUCAAUUUUACCAAGGGCCAUAUCUUAAUUUAACAUUUGAUUCGCGGACCACAAAAUGCACGCCUUUUACAUAUACAUAUGCAUUUUAAUAGGUGAUAUAGAAAAGGCAUGUUUAUAUUCACAGUUUUUAAUACAUACACAUGUAUUUUAUAUGAAAUCUGGCACCUUUCUCGUGAGACAAGCUUGUCAAUAUCGGAAUUCACAAUCUUUAGCACAGAGUGUAGAUGCUUGUCAUUCAGGCGAGAUCUUUGAGCGGAUUUAUUCAUCUUCAUCAGUGAAAAUAGCUGUACACAGAAGUACGUGCUGCCAGACAGUGACAUGACGCGUGCAGCCUGAAUGUGGAUGGAAGGAACGGGUAAAAAUGCUCUGCCAAGACAGUCUCAAACAUAGCCUUCACACAUGGGAGACACUCCGUCUGUUGUUAAAACUAAUUUCUCCCACUGUAAUUACAUGUUGCGCACACACUUCUCAAGCUGUUGAAAUAUAUUGUUUGCUGUGCU